ACAGGACGUGGCGCUCCUCUGUUUGGAAAAGUGACGUCUCGUGCGCUGGUAGCUGCGGCGCAUCGUGACGUUUCAUGUACACGUCGCUCAGGAUGUGCUUCGCAAAGAUGGCGGACAAGUGUCAGCCUUAACGUCCUGCACAGCUGGAAGAAUAACACGCUCUAUCAUAUCUACCGAGUUUGUGGCUUAGCAGUAAAGCUAAAGCUCAGAGGGAUAGUCUUCUGUCUUGAGCUCUGGGGGCCUGCAUCAGUUAGCAGAGAUGCAACCCCCUCCUCGUACUGCGCCUCCUGGAGCAAGUGGUACACCACCACCGCCACCUACCUCUGGUGGCUCAAAUGCUUUCAGGAGAAAUCGACCACACAAGCAUGGAGCACUGGCCUCCAAUGCAGCAUCAGCUCCACCUUCACAGCCACUGACUGACCCUUUUGCCUUUGGGAGGCAAGGCUCUCCAUCUGCAAGAGUAAGCAACCAGACUCCUCCUCUAAACAGUAAUCCUCUUCCUAUGCAAGCCCCUCUCGCAGCAGGUUUUAACCAGACUGGUCCACCUCAAGGCCCACCAUCAGGAGCACAAGUGCCAAUAGCUGGUCCUGUACACACCUUUUUCACCCCUCAUCCUGGUCCUUCAGGACCUCCAUUGGCCUCUAACCCACAUUCUUCUGAACCUGGCUAUUUCAGCUCCCAAGAACCAAUGCCAUACAUUGCACAGUUGCCUAACUCUGUUCCUCCUUUCAGUUCUAGCAUAAUGCAUGCUCCCCCAGCAGCCUUGACCCCGCCAGUUCAAAGUACACCUCCGUUUCAGCCCACACCACCUGCUCCAUCCCAUUCUGGGCCUGAUCAUGGCAGUCGUCCUCCUUCUGUUCAGAACUACUUUCAGCCAACCAGUGAUACACCACAGCCUUUUCAUGCACACCCCCAGGCACAGGCUCCUCCACCUGCCCCCUUGCCCCAUCCUGGCCCAUUUCAGUCACACACUCAGAAUCAUAGUCAGUCAGCCCUAUUGAAUAUGGGUGAGCCAACAAUUUUCCAGCUACAAAACUCUCACUUUUCAGCCCAGAGCUAUUUCAGCCAGACAGGUGGUGCCUCAGAGCCAUGGUUCAAUCAGGUUCCACAGGACCCCUUGCACCGUUCCUGCCCCCUUCCCUAUACUGUUCCAUCUGCUGACCCUGGAACACUGUCCAUGUUCUUUCAUGGCAAUGAUGUAGAAAAUGAAGAGACUCUUUCUGGUGAGGGCCAUGUCAAUGGGGUCUCCCACCCUCCACAAGGCAGAGAAGUAAAUGAAACCCUUAAUCCGUGUUUGAAUGAAACUGGGAAUGUCAAAGUGACUGCAGGUCCAUGUGACUCAGUUGAGAAUCUGGAAUGUGUUCCAAAUCAGGAAGUUUUGCCUAAUGAACCACCAUCAAGCCAUGCUUAUGAGGCAGGGCCUAACUUGGAAACACCUGACACCGCCUCUCGUCCUGCACGAUCUGCAAGUGUCUCAUCCAGCUAUAGCAAUGUCAGUCACAGCAGUGGUCAUGCCCCCCACAGUAGCAGCCACCCUCCUCGACGACAUCAGGGAGUUGUCGGGACAUUUAUCCAACAAGAAAGCCCACGGCCCCCUGAUACACCAGCAUCCCACCCUUCUGCUGGUGGUUACUUUGAACAGAUAGAUUCUGCUCCUGCUCCAGAGCCAAGUCCUACUUUCCCCACACCCAGCCCUCCAAAGCCAGUUGGGGUGUUCCAGGCCAGUGCUAACUCUUCCUUUGAGCCUGUGCGAUCACACAGCGUAGGGGUUAGACCUGCUGAAGUUGACCGUGCUAGAAUGGUAAUGGAAAAAGGUGGAGUUGAUAUAUUGCCUGGCAACUUAGAGCAGCCUCCAGACAAUAUGGAAACAAUCUACUUUCCUGGAGGACAGGAUCGCAGGCCUUCGUCUCGAGCUCAGGGUUCGCGACGACCCUGUGAUAGUCCUGCCACAACCCUCUGGGCUCAAAGUGAUGCAGCUAGUCUUGGUGCUAAUAUACUUUUGGCACCUGCAGCACCUCCUCUCGCUGCUACUAUAGCUUCAUCAUGUAAGCCCAGUACUGAGAUUAUUCAGCCACCAGAAGAUGGGCCCCUGGAUCUGCAGCCUCCCAGGGCACAUCCACAGUCUCACUCAGAGAACCUUGAGAACCCGCCUGAUUCAACUCCUCAGGCAAGUUUGGGCUAUGCUUCUUUGCUAGUGUCCACGCCUCCCACUGAGGCUUUAAACCAGCCUGUCUUGAUUGCCACACCUUCUUCCAAUUAUACGGUGAUUUCUCCUCAGAUGCCUGUCCAAACAACCAAUCAAAUGAGUCCCAAGGAAACAAAUGUGCCUGUUCAGCCACCAUCUCAAGCUCAAGUGGCGAGUCAAUUGCCACAGGGUUCCCACUCAGCCAAUCAUCCACCUCCCCUUUUCUCUCAAACACCAAGCUUUCACCCAUCUUCAAGCCAGAGUCAGAUAAAUCUGGCACAAGAAGUCCAAGAUGCUCCACCUCCUGUCCAACCAGCCCAGUCUACUACUUUGAAGGCCCAAUCACCGAGAAGUGACUGCCAAUCACUUCCACCUUCUAAUUCACAAAUUCCUUCGUCUGCUUCUGCCAUCAAUCAGAAUCAUCGCUCAAAUUAUGAACUGCUUGAUUUUUCUAUGCACCAAACACAGAGCACAAAUCAGGCCCCUUCUCAUUCAGCUCCUACCCCCGCCCCAGUAAAUAAUGCAGCUGGAUUUUACUUGCAGGUCACCAAAGAUGCGCAGCAAGGGGCACGAGUGGAUAGUGAGCCUCCGCUUCAGCCACCAGCCCCGAAUCUCCCUAGACCUCCCAGCAGUCAAUCUAGCAAUGGCCCCUCUGGUCCCUCCAAUCCAGCUCAUCCAGCUUCACAAUAUCAACCUCCCCCACAGGCUGCAUCUGUUUCUCAAACCACCCCAUCCUCCACAUAUCCUCCUCAAUCUGGAAAUUCUGCUGGUACACAUGACCCCCAGCGUCCCCCAUCUGCACCUGGGGGUCAGCAUGGUUAUGGUGCUCCACCUCCCAUGCCUCCUGGACCUGGAUUUGGCAGCUACUACGCAGAGUACCAGGAUGGAAGGCAUCCUUUCCCACCUCCAUACCCACACAUGGACCCAAGGGCUCAGCACUACUACCAGGAUGACCCAUAUCGAAGGGCAGAUCCCCGGUAUGGCCGGUACAAUGGACCAAACCCUGGUUACCGGGAGGCAGACAGACAGCCAGAGAGGCCAAGUUCUAGGACCAGUCAGUACUCUGACCGACCCAACUCCAGGCAAGGGUAUGCUGAGGAUUACCCCAGGUCUAACCGCAGUGCCUAUGAAGACUACUAUGCAAAUUACUAUAAGUACAUGGAUCAGAACAGGUGGUAUGACCCCAAUGCUCUUUAUGACCCCCGUUAUCGAAGUUACUAUGAUCAGGCCUAUGGCUGGUAUAACUAUGACCCUGAGGCCUACAGGAGACAAGACCCCUACUUCGGCCAACAGUAUUCCAACAGGCGUGAAGGCUAUGAUGACCCAUGGCGUUACUAUCCUGGCUAUGAUUCGAGUUUUGAUGACGACUGCCGUCGUCGGGACACAUACGGAGAUGAGUUGGAACGGCGCUCUGUUCACAGUGAGAGAUCAACACACAGCCGCCGGAGCAGCUUCAGCUCCCGCUCACAGCAGAGUCAGGUGUACCGGAGUCAGCCGGAUCUUGUUGCUGCAGGUUAUGAAGCCACAGCGACCACACUGCCUGUAGAUUAUUCCUAUGGUCAGUUCCCAGAGCAAUCAGACACCCUGAAUUACAACCAGUAUGAUGCGACGAACUCCACAUGGGCUGCCCCUGAACAGGCUCCUCCGAGGCCGUUGACUCCGGAGAAGUUCUCGGUUCCUCACUGCUGUGCUCGGUUUGGGCCAGCAGGUCAGCUGAUCUUAGUUCAGCCCAACCUGCCCUCGGCUGGGCAGCCUGCCCUUGUCGAGAUUCAUAGCCUGGAGACAAUGAUGCAGGAUUUUCCAGAGCAGGCCGAGUUACGCGCCUUCCCAGGGCCACUUGUCAAGGAGGAAACCCAUAAGGUGGACGUUAUAAAGUUUGCACAGAACAAAUCACAGGAGUGUAUGCGCAAUGAUGACCUCAUUGACAAGGACUCUGCCUUCCUCAUCUGGGAGUUCAUUGUACUGCUGUGUCGUCAGAAUGGGACGGUAGUUGGCACAGACAUAGCUGAUCUCCUGCUGAAGGAACAUCGUUCCGUGUGGUUACCAGGAAAAUCACCCAAUGAGGCGAACCUGAUUGACUUCAACAAUGAGGCACUGGAACGGCCGGAAGAGGAGGGGUCAGGGCCACUCUCGCUCUUAUCAGACACCUUCAUGGGUGUGGCUGAAAGUGUUGGCAAGGAGACUGAACGUUUCCGAGAGCUGCUGCUCUUUGGGCGGAAAAAGGAUGCUCUUGAGUCCGCUAUGAAGAACGGGCUUUGGGGCCACGCCCUUCUCCUGGCCAGUAAGAUGGACAACAGAACACAUGCACGAGUCAUGACCAGGUUUGCCAACAGUCUUCCCAUUAACGAUCCACUGCAGACAGUCUACCAGCUCAUGUCAGGACGCAUGCCUGCUUCUGCCACGUGUUGUGGGGAUGAGAAGUGGGGCGACUGGCGUCCUCACCUGGCCAUGGUUCUUUCCAACCUCACACAUGCACUCGACUUGGACACACGCACCAUCUCGACCAUGGGAGACACGCUGGCUUCUAAAGGUCUGCUUGAUGCUGCUCAUUUCUGUUACUUGAUGGCUCAGGUGGGUUUUGGUGUCUUUACCAAGAAGAGCACCAAGAUGGUCCUCAUUGGCUCCAACCACAGUCUUCCGUUUGUGAGGUUCUGUACUACAGAAGCAAUACAGAGGACAGAAGCGUAUGAGUAUGCACAGUCACUUGGUUCCCAGCCUCUUUCACUGCCCAACUUCCAGGUGUUUAAGUUCAUCUACGCAUGCCGUCUGGCCGAAGUGGGGCUUUGCGCCCAAGCAUUUCAUUACUGUGAGGUCAUUUCCCGUGCACUUCUGACCUUGCCCAACUACCACUCACCUGUUUUCAUCAGUCAGCUUAUACAGAUGUCUGAGCGAUUGAGGUUUUUUGACCCCCAGCUGAAGGAGAAGCCAGAGCAAGAACUCUUCCAGGAGCCUGACUGGCUACUGCACCUGAAGAAACUCAGCAACCAGAUCAAGGAUGGUGUGAUAACAUUGCGUACAGAUCUCAGUACUCCCCAGCCAUCUGCCUGCACUACACCAAGCUCAGAAGAACAGGCCUGUCCUGCUGAAGCUUCAUCUUUUAUCUCUGACCCUCACAACCCCCUCAUGACUGCCCUUAUGCCCCCGCCUGGCUCAUCCACGCCAGGGGUGCAGCUCAUGCCACCAGCUCCAGCAACUAUUUUGCAAGAUGGGGCUGUUUCUCUGCAGCACGGCCCUCCCCCCAGCGAGGGUGUCCCGUUUAACCCAUCAGCCCCUGCUCCACCCCAGCCUGGCUUCAUCCCUCAAUACCAGGCUGAGGACCAGGGGUCAUACCCAUCUAUGCCAGCCCAGAAUCCCACUCUUCUGCCCUCUGGCAUGCCUCCGCAAAUUCCCCUCUACACACCCAUGGAAAUGCCCCCCCAGAUGCCCCCCCAGAUGCCUUCUCAAAUGCCCCCCCAGAUGUCUCCCCAGAUGUCCCCUCAGAUUUCCCCUCAGAUGCCCCCCCAUAUGCCGCCCCAUAUUCCACACCAGAUUCCCGGGGUAGAAUCAACACCUACUCCUCCAUCUCCACACCAGUCACAUCAGCCAUCACCACCUUCCCAUGGUCCACUUCCCCAGAUGGACUUCUAUGACAACAUGGCACAGAUGAGUACAGGAAGAAGAUCCAGAACUACAUCGCAGUCUUCAGUGCACAGGAUGUCUGGACGUCGCUCUCGCACUACGUCAGAGUCAUCCACUCAUUCGACGGGACGAGAGCGCAGCAACUCUGCAGCCAAUCAGAGCUCUCCUCCUCCUCCACCAAUACCAGAGGCUCCUGUCCAAGAAGCACCUAAGAAAACCAAGAAAGAGUCUCCCAAAAAGGAAGGAGGUGGGGGCUUCUGGAGCUGGAUACAACGAAACAGACGGAAUGAAGUUCAUCUGCCAGAUGACAAGAACAAAUCUAUUGUUUGGGAUGAAAAGAAGCAGAGAUGGGUGAAUCUGGAUGAACCAGAGGAGGAGAGCAAGCCACCACCCCCUCCUCCCUCAAUGUUUCCAAAAGCUGCAAUGGGCAACAUGGGGGGCGGACCUGGAAUGGGUGGACCACCAGGUGGACCAGCUGCAGGGCCAUCUGUUAAUAUGUUCUCCAGGAAAGCAGGCACUAAGGCUCGGUAUGUGGAUGUGUUGAAUCCUGGCCGUCGUAAUUCAAACCCUACCCCUGCUGUUGCUCCACCCGCUGAUCUGUUUGCUCCUCUUGCACCCAUGGCCAUGCCAGCGAACCUCUUCGUUCCCACUGCAGCACCUGAUGACCAGCAACCAGUGGAGGGAAGUGUUCCAGACAGCAAUGGAAACACAGAACACAUUCAGCCCGGCACAACAGUUCCACAGAUGUUUAAUCCAACUCUCUUGCCCUCGGGUCCGGAGGGCGCUCCAUCAGGAGAGCUCUCACGUUCUAGUUCAAUGAGUUCUUUAUCACGAGAAGUGAGUCGGCAUUUAAACCAGGUCCCUACAGAAUUACCUGCCCAGGGAGCUCCGCCCACAGGGGGCAUAACUUUCUAUAACCCCUCCCAGUUUGCACAGACUGUGCCUCCAGCUCGUUCCCGUCCAGGCCGGUUGGGGCAGCGCGAGUACCCAACACUGAAAUAACUCUACAAAGCAGAUCAAUCUGUGUUUUUUUACAUCUCAUCAGACUGAAUUAAUCCAGAAUUGGACAAGUACCGGCAUCUGGCCUCCCAGUCUUGAUCACCAUCGUCUGCAUCGUCUUAUUUUACCUUGCGUAGCGUACACCCUAAAAAAGCUGUGGAUUCUUUCAUCUGUCUUUUCACUUUUCUUCUGUCUUACUUUUUUCCUUUUGCCCUGUGUUUUGACUGGAUUGCUCGUACGCCAGUGUGAUCUUCAAGUGCAAUAAUUUUGUUUAGCUUUCAGUUAGACCUUCCUAACUAACUGCAUUUCAGCAUCCGUGUUUGUGCAAGUGUGUGUGUGUGUGUGUGUGUAUGUGUGUGUGAGAGAUAUAGAGAGGGGAGUGCCAUUGGGACGCAGACAGUGCAGGGUGUGUUCAUCUUGCCUGUUUUCGUCAGUGAGGGUCGUUGGAAGAUUUUAGAUAUUUAUUAAGGCUUUCUGUCGGAACGAGACACAUGAUCAUGAUUUUUUUUUUUUUUUUUAAUCGCCACAAAUCCCAAAUCUGUAUAUCCGAAUGAAUAUUUAUGAGCUGUAGUCUGUCCCUGCUCUCCUGAUUCAUCUUUUGAUUUUCAGAAGUUUACAUAGAUUUGUGAUUUAUAUUAAUUUCUCCAUAUUUGACUGCUUAGAUUACUCAGUCAUGUUUUUUUUUCUCCAUUGCUGCUUCUUUCUUAAUCCUUUCUCAUAAACCCAAUCUUCAUCGCUAGUCUCGUUCCGGUGGCCACUGCGAGGGAUUGUUUUUUUUGUAAUUCCAAAGGAUUCACGACCCCUUUGAAGGAAGCCUGGACUUUUCCAUUGUGUUUCAAAUUCACUGUAAAAUUACUCAAAAGAAAAAAAGUGAUGAAAAUAAACAUAUUUUUGAGCUCUUUAGCACAUGGGAA